CGGCUCGUCAUCGGCCGUUAAUUUCCACCCCGCGCGCUCUUUCUAAUUUUCGCCCCUCAGUGUUGCGCGCUGAUUUCACCUCCAUUUUUCUCCGCUCACUCACUCACUCACUCACUCUCCUUCUUCACUCUCCUCAUUGUUGUGAGAGACUUGAACGUCUCUCUGUAUAGGUCAGUAUGCCUUGAUUGAGCCUCAGUCGGAGAGAAUAACCACCGUCAAUACUAUCAUCACCACCACCAUGGACCCCGCGAUCCUUCACAAACUUUCGCAGCUCGAUCCCGCCGUGCCCUUUCGCGCCACCACCGAUCAUUUGCAUCACACCUGGGCCAGGACAUUCUAUUCCCGACCGGAGCUCUACGUCCGUCCGCAGUCUCUGGCUGAGAUCCAGAAACUUGUCACCCUCGCCCGUCACUGUCGCCGUCGUCUUGUCACCGUUGGGAGUGGCCACUCCCCCUCGGAUCUGACUUGCACCUCCUCCUGGCUGGUCAACCUCGAUGAUUUCAGUCGCGUGUUAGAGGUGUCGCCUGAGACCGGCGUGGUCACCGUGCAGGCUGGAAUACGCUUGAGGGACCUAGGAAAGCAGUUGGAGAAGCAUGGCCUCACCUUGUCGAAUCUGGGUAGCAUCGACAGUCAGUCGAUCGCGGGAGUCAUUUCAACGGGCACACAUGGGAGCUCCUUGCAGCAUGGUCUGAUCUCCGAAUGUAUUGUGUCCCUGACACUAAUGCUGGCCAAUGGGCAAGUGGUGCGAUGCAGUCCAACGAGUAACCCUGACCUCUUCCGCGCCGCCCUUAUCUCCCUCGGUGCCCUGGGCAUCAUUGUCGAAGUCACGUUACAAGCUGAGCCCACCUUCAAGGUCGCAUGGCGGCAGACCCGCCGGAAGCUCUCGAGCGUUCUGGAUGAAUGGUCGACUGGAUUGUGGACCACGCAUGAGUUCGUACGGGUCUGGUGGAUGCCGUAUGAGAAGAGCGCGGUCGUUUGGCAUGCAGACAAGACCGACCUUCCGGUGCGCCCUCCGCCGAAGACCUUUUAUGGGGAAACCGUCGGUUACCACAUCUAUCACAACCUGCUGGCCCUGGCCAAUUACUUUCCUCGCAUCCUGCCAUGGGUUGAGUGGUUUGUCUUCGGCCUGCAGUAUGGCUUCAAGGAAGAGACCAAGGUCACGGAAGCCGUGGAGCCGGCCCGCGACGGUCUGCUCAUGAAUUGUCUCUACUCGCAGUUCGUCAACGAAUGGGCGCUCCCCUUGGAGAAGGGACCGGAAGCUAUUACCCGGCUUUCUGCCUGGUUGAACGGCGAUGCUGAAACGGCACGUAUUCCAUUCUCUGUUGACGGACUCUGGGUGCAUUGUCCGAUCGAAGUCAGAGUUGCCGACUCUACACUCAAUAAAAACCCCCGCCCAUUCCUUGAUCCUAGUUGCUCUGACGGUCCGACCUUGUAUCUAAAUGCGACUCUCUAUCGUCCUUACCAUCGGGAUCCCCCCUGCACGGCUCGCUACUACGAGGCUUUUGAAUGGCUCAUGCGUGAGAUGGGAGCCAGACCGCACUGGGCCAAGAACUUUGUCGCAACGCGUGAUGAAUUAAGACAGCUGUACGGUGGCGGCAUGGACGAAUGGAUGAAGGUGCGCCAAGAUGUUGACCCGGAUGGAAUGUUUCUGGGCGAGUGGCACCAUCGCAAUCUGGACUUGCGCGUUGGUGAGUCAACUGUUACGGAAGAAAGCCUUCCUCUUCUCGAACGGGAGAAGGCUCGUCGGAAGGCGGGCGUCCGCGGGGCGGGUGACGGCUUGGAGUGGAUUGGUGACAAGCGUUGGCAAACGAAGCACGCCGGUGUAUCCUUGUCCCUGCUCGGAAAGGAAAAGCCCUUUGCUUCGGUCGAAAGCACGGGUCUGAGUCCUCCCACAACCGCAGCCAGUGAUGAGAGCUUCGAUCUUCUUGCAACCGGUGAGGCUAGCAUUGUUCUUCCUGAUCGCCAUUUGUGAUCAUCACCAAAGCAAAGAUAAUUAGAUGGUGAGGAGCAAACACCUGAGCGCGGUAGUAUGCUAAGUAGUAGUCAUGGGUGGUGGGACAAUUUGAGUAAGCCAAUGGAUCUUGUUGGCCAGUGAUCACCUUUGACAAUCCAUGUACUUUUCA